AUGGUGCAACGACCAAAGCAAGCGCUUGCUAUGGCUUAUUUCUUUUGCCAAAGCACCGUCGAUACCAUCAAUAGUGCUAUCUCCGUCCUAUUUGGCCUUACUUAUAUGCUCUUAGAUGAACAGCCUUUCCUCAUUCGGUAUUUACAAAAGGAAUAUGAGGUGCCAGGGAAGCAGUUAUUUAAAGGCAUUAAUGCCCUUUCGACAUAUUACGCUCUGCAAGCUGGCGCGUCUAAUCGGACUGGAGAUCCACUUGGAAGAAAUCAUUCUGCUUUGUGGCUCCUUUCUGGUCCUCCUGAACUUUCCGCCUAUGUUCACGAUGCCAAGCGCUUCGCCCUUCGUAACCGAGUAGGAAUUGAACAAGCUCCUCUUCGAAUCUAUUGCUGUUGGUACGAGAAGGAUACGGAAGACGUAGCACCCACGGAUUACGAUACAACAGGCAAAUCCCUACAAAUAUUCGAGGGUCAUUCGGAUUGGGUUAACUCUGUAGCCUUUUCGCCAGAUAAAAAAGUAAUAGUUUCCGGUUCUGAUGAUGGAACGAUACGGUUUUGGGAUAUAACAACAGGCAAAUCAUUACAAGUAUUUGAAGAUCACUCAGGCGAAGUUAAUUCAGUAGCCUUUUCACCAGAUGGCAAAAUGAGCCAUCAUGUGACCGACUCUAAAAGAUCUAGUUAG